AUGAGGACUCUUCUGGCCCUCCUCCUCCUCUGCCUGCCAGCAGCGCUUCUGGCUCAGGGGCAGUAUGACCUCGAUGACCCCGCCUACCCCGAGCCCCCGUACGCCCCUUAUGAAAUCGAGAGCCAGGAUUACUACGAUUACGCCGGAAACGAUCUCUCCCCCCAAACUCCGGAGGAGCACUUCCAGUCCCAGCAGCAGAACCAGCAGGAGGUCAUCCCUGCCCCAACCCUAGACGUUUCUGAGACGGAGCCCACCGAACCGGGGCCCCUUGACUGCCAGGAGGAGCAGUACCCCUGCACCAGGCUGUAUUCCAUUUACAAGCCUUGCAAGCAGUGUCUGAACGAGAUCUGCUUCUACAGUCUCCGCAGGGUUUACGUGAUCAAUAAGGAGAUCUGCGUCCGUACGGUCUGUGCUCACGAAGAACUCCUAAGAGCCGACCUCUGUCGUGACAGAUUCUCCAAGUGCGGCAUCAUGGCGACCAGCGGGCUUUGCCAGACUAUGGCUGCCUCUUGUGCCCGAAGUUGUGGCGGCUGCUGAG